AUGAGGAACGAUGCAGCCAGUGCUCUUCUUCACCUCCAGGAUGGCUGCCAGCACACCCCUGUGGACAUUGCACAACCAGCGUCUCCUGAAGGUCUAGCCGGUACUGAUGGCGCUGAAGCAUCCACCAGCUCCAUCGUCAAAGUAAUUCAAGUCCAAAAAGACAGUGAAGUCCAGAGACUCUUAUCAGAGAGCAUUGCAUUACGGGCAGAGCUGGAGUCUUUGCUGUUGACACAGGAUGGCUUUAAAGUCAUCCACUCUCUCAAAUAUAUCAAGACGGCGUCAUUUCAAAUUCCAAACUUCCCAGAGUUCUUGAGCGUGGGUUACGUUGACGGCGUUCAGAUUUCACACUACGACAGCGAGAACAGAAAAUCGGUAGCCAAACAGGAGUGGAUGGAGAAAAUCACAGCCGAGGAGCCACGCUACUGGGAGAGACAGACACAGAUCAAUAUUGCUAAUCAGGAGAGAGACAAAGUUAGCAUUCGUAAUCUUCAAGAGCGCUUCAACCAAACAGGAGGUCUUCACAUGAUCCAGCGGAUGGUUGGCUGCCAAUGGGACAAUGUGACCGACCAGGUCGAUGGUUGGUAUCACAUCAGUUACAACGGGGAAGACUUUCUGUCAUUUGAUUUGAAGGGAUCGAGGUGGAACGCCAUCCAAUCGCAAGCUAUUAUCACCAAAAACAAGUGGAAUGAAGUGGAACGCUAUAAUGAAUACUUGAAGUAUUACUUGACUGAGGAAUGUCCUUCAUACUUGAAGAAGUACGUGAACUUUGGGAGAGACGUUCUGAUGAGAACAGUGCUCCCACGAGUGUCCCUGCUCCAGAAGACUCCGGAAUCGCCGGUCACCUGCCACGCCACGGGUUUCUACCCCAGGACGGCCGCCCUCUUCUGGAGGAAGGACGGCGAGCGGCUCCACCAGAACGUGGAGAUGAACGAGAUCCUCCCCAACCACGACGGGACCUUCCAGACCAGCGCUCGCCUCAUAACGGUGGAACGACGAGCUCGGUAUGAGUGCGUCUUCCGGCUGGACGGCGUCCCGGAGGACGUGGUCACCCCGCUGGACCUCGCCGAGGUAUUGAGCAACGAGCGCAUAGAAGGUGAGACCCUCGCUUCCAUCUCGGUGGCCGUCGCCGUCCUGUUGGUCCUCCUCUCUCUGGGUGUCGCCGUCACGGCCUUUGUCGCCAAGCGUAAACAAGCCACCCCCGCCAAUUCCGAGACGGCUUCUGGCCGAGUCGCUUCUUCUGAGACCGACAUCCUUGGGGUCGAUUCGCCUGAGGCCGACGCCCCCGGGACGGCUUUUGCCCGGCCCGCUUCUUCCUGGUGUCACGCCCACACGCGGUGA